UCCGUCAUCCACCCGGUCAAGCGCGCCAUCUUCUCCUCCUUUAUCCUCGUCUCGGGCCCGCUCCUCCUCGCCUACUUUUACCUCGAGCUCCACGGCAUGCUCCUCGACAAGCCGCUCCUCGGCCGCGAGAACGUGCUCUGCGGCAUCCUCGCCCUCUUCUCGCUCUUUUGCAUUGAUAUCAACGAGACCUCCAUGCACCGCUACUUCCGCGAUCGCAUUUCGCGCGCCUUCCUCAUCACCCUUCGCGCCCCAGCCGCGCUCGACGACGCCGCCGCCGCCUCGGCCAGCGAGCCUGCACCCGGCGACCACCGCCGCCCGCACCCCAACCAAAAACUCCAGGUCGCCCUGUUUGGCCAGACCAAGCUCUCGCAGAUCAACACCCACAACCUCGCGCCGUACUCGAUCAUCAACGCCACCCUCAACCUCGACCGCGACUCGCUCGACACCCUCGGCGGACCAGGCUCGGACUUUUUCGUCUUUACCAAAGAGUACGUCGGCGCCGCCGCCGUCGGCUACCGCGAGACCCGAGUCAUGGAAAAGGCCGACCGCAACCUGGACCUCGCCACCGCCGUCUCCAUCUCGGGUGCCGCCAUGGCCCCGCACAUGGGCACCUCCACCAUCGAAUCGCUCGUCCUCUCGCUCGGCGUCCUCAACAUCCGCCUCGGCUACUGGCUGCCCAACCCGAGCUCGGUCAUCCUCGGCUCGACCGUCCUCUCCCGCUUCUUCUACGGCUUUGCCUGGUACAUGCUGAUGAAGGAGUUUGGCUGGCCGCGCAUGAAGCGCACAGACUACCGCCUCAACCUCUCCGACGGCGGCCACCUCGAGAACACCGCCACAUUUGAGCUCCUCCGUCGCCGCUGCAAGUACGUCAUCACCAGCGACGCCGAGGCCGACCCCAACUACUCGUUCAACGGCCUCGCCACCCUCGUUCGCCUCGCCCGCGUCGACUUUGGCUGCACCAUCCAGAUCCCGCUCGACGCCCUCACCCCCAAGCCCGACCCGGUCACCGGCGCCCUCCGCUCCGCCCGCCACUGGGCCAUCGGCCGCAUCAUCUACCACAAGGACGCGACAGAGCUCGACUCUGAGUCUGCCUCGCCCUCUACCGACCACACGCCGCCGCCAUCGCCAACGCGCCCUCGCCGCUCUACCCGCGCCGCCGCCGCCGCUGCUGCUGCUGCUGCUGCUGCUGCUGCUGCUGCUGCUGCUGCUGCUGCUUCCAACUCAAGCCCGCCCUCGAGCCCGCCGCCGGGCGAGGUUGGCUACCUCCUCUACAUCAAGUCGAGCCUCAUCGGUGACGAGGACGUCAUCGUGACCGAGUACAAGUCGCAGUCGCCGACCUUUCCGCACGAGUCGACCGGCGACCAGUUCUUCUCCGACGCCCAGUUUGAGGCCUACCGCUCGCUCGGGUACUCGUCGGCCAAGUCGCUGUUUGGCACCAAGCUCGAUCCGCGGUUUGACGGCUCGGACCUCCAGUCGUUCUUUGCCUCGCUGUACGCCGAGCAGAUGGCCGGAACCCCGCUGCCAGAGCCGUGGGUCGAGCGGGUGGAUGCUGCCACGGGCAUGGUGUACUUUGAGACUUCCGACGGCUCGCUCAAGACCUGGUCGGAUCCACGCCAGUAG